UUUAUUGUAAAAAAUUUACAUUGUUCAGUUUGUUGGAAAAAUUAUUAAGAAUUCUUGAAAAUAUUUGCAAAUAUUUAAGAAAAAUAUCGAAAACUAUAUUUAAACGAUAGUGGAAAAGUGAAAUAUAGCAAAAAUAAUGCUAUAAAAACGUGACGAAGAAAAUUAUUUCCCAAAACAGCACCAGUAAAAUAAAAAUAAAUUAAAGAAAAUCGCAAAAUUAUUUUUUCUUUGGUGUACGAUUUAAAAAGCAACAACAAUUAUGCGAUCCCGCAGCAAUUCAGGCGUACGCCUGGACUACUAUCAACGUAUUGUUCAUCGUUUGAUUAUGAGCCAUCAGGAGCCUGUAACUGGAUUAUUUCCAGCAUCCAAUAUUAAUUCUCAUGCCUGGAUCAGAGACAAUGUAUAUUGCAUAUUAGCAGUGUGGGGUCUAUCGAUGGCCUACAAAAAGAUAGCUGACCAAGACGAAGAUCGUGCCAAAUGUUAUGAGCUAGAACAAAGUUGUGUUAAAUUAAUGCGUGGCUUAUUAAUGGCCAUGAUGAAUCAGAAGGAUAAGGUGGAGAAGUUUAAAAUUACACAAAAUCCUCUGGAUUCUCUUCAUGCUAAGUAUUCUAGCAAAAAUGGUCAACCCGUUGUGGGUGAUGCUGAAUGGGGCCACUUACAAGUCGAUGCUGUGUCAUUGUAUCUUUUGAUUUUGGCCCAGAUGACAGCAUCUGGUCUACAGAUUGUAUUCUCUUUGGAUGAAGUAUCAUUUAUACAAAAUUUAGUGUUCUACAUAGAGUCAGCCUAUUGUAUUCCCGAUUAUGGCAUAUGGGAGCGUGGAGACAAAACAAAUCACGGUGAACCUGAACUUAAUGCCAGCUCAAUUGGUAUGGCUAAAGCUGCUCUAGAGGCCAUGAACGAAUUGGAUCUAUUUGGGGCUCGUGGUGGUCCCGCUAGUGUCAUUCAUGUUUUGGCCGAUGAAGCUCACAAGUGCCAAGCUGUUUUACAAUCGAUGUUGCCACGAGAAUCCAACAGUAAGGAAUUGGACUCUGGCCUUUUAUGUGUUAUCGGGUUUCCGGCUUUUGCGGUCGAUGACCCUCAAUUGAUACGUAACACUAAAGAUGCCAUCUUACAGCGUUUGCAGGGUAAAUACGGUUGUAAACGUUUCUUACGUGAUGGCUAUCGGACGCCUAAGGAGGAUCCCACACGUUUGUACUACGAACGGUGGGAGUUGCGUAUGUUUGAGAAUAUUGAGUGCGAAUGGCCAUUAUUUUACUGUUACUUGAUAUUGUUUCAUGCAUUUCAAUCUGACAAGUUGGCUGUCAAAGAAUACGCUGAUCGUUUAGAGAAAAUAAUGGUCCGUGGAGAUGAUGGCAUACUUUUAAUACCCGAAAGUUAUGCCGUAACACAUGAUACCGUGCCACAAGAAUAUCAAAUGCCAGGAUCACAACCAAGAGAAGUUGUUGGGCGCUGUCCAUUCUUGUGGGGUCAGUCAUUGUUUAUCUUGGGGAGAUUAUUACAAGAGGGCUUCCUAGCUGUGGGCGAAUUAGAUCCACUGAAUCGUCGUUUGGGUGCCCAGAAAAAACCUGAUGUUGUCGUACAGGUUGUCAUUAUUGCCGAAGAUAAUGAAAUACGUGACAAAUUAGCUGAAUAUGAUUUACAUGUCCAAACUAUUGCUGAGGUAGCUCCAAUUGAAGUUCAACCAGCACGUGUUUUGAGCCAUUUGUACACAUAUUUGGGUAGAAAUCGUAAAUUGGGUUUGACUGGUCGUAAGUCUCGCGAUGUGGGUAUAUUAAGUACGAGUAAAUUGUAUUCAUUAAAAGAUAGAAUAUUUGCUUUUACGCCUCAGCAUAUCGAUUAUGAAGAAUAUUACACCACACGUGAUCCUGACUUGCUUGCAAGUAAUUUCACCACCAAUUUAGCUUUCCUAACAAAUAAUUGGCGUCAUAUGUUAGGAAGACCCACUAUAACUCUAAUGGCAACACAUUAUAUGCUAGAUCAAGACAGAAUACCUUUGGCAAUGAUACAAACAAUGCGUAAAUUAAAAUCGGGUUAUAUUAAUGGCACUCGUGUUAUGUUGGGUAAUCUCAAGGACUUCCUAAACACAUCGGCCAUUACAGAUUUGAGUUUCUUGGGCAGUACCGAAGAUGGCUACCCAGAUCGUUUACAUCCUGAUGUACAGACAUAUCUGGAUGAACAUUUGUUGCGUUCGUUUAGUCAUCGUAAUACCAUGAACUUAAGAGGUGCUCAAUUGCGGCCACGACAUUUGAGACGCCGCAUGUCCUGCAAGGGUGCUAUUAAAAAAACCAGAUCUAUUAAUGUGGAUUCUGAUAAUUUGGGUAUGGAGGGACCUACACCGUUGACCGAAAGGCGUUUAUCAUCGAUAAUACCACCUCCCUGGUUACAGCCUAACCAACAGAAUCAAAUAACUUCGUUUUCCACUACACCCGAAGGAAGUGUUAGUAAUACGAAUCAGAACAGAUCGGAAGUGUUGAUACGUGAAAAUAUCUAUCCAAUUGAUAUUAAUCACAGCCGUUCGGCCAUCGAAAAACGCAGUGAGUUUGCUAGACAACAAGAAAUCAACAAUGUUCCUAAAAUUCUUGUGCAACGUCACCGUCCGGAAACAAAUUUUGCCGACACAGAAGUGGAAGAGUUAAUAGCCAUGCUGAGAGAAACGGAAAAUCUUGAAGAACAAGGCGAUAUAUUACAAUAUUUGGUUGAUACACAAGGAUUAGAUUUCAAUACAGCCGGCUUAGGACUUAAACAUAAAUCAUCAUCGUCCACUUCCUCCUCUUCUGUAAUUGAUCCAACCCUUGUGGAGGAAUCAUUCGAUGAAUUAGCUUUUAAAAGUGCUGCAACUAAGCCUCCAUUACCAUCAUCUGCACUGUUGAUGGUGCCCACUGAGUCAGCAACUUCUAUUAAUAUCAACAAUGUCAAUGUUAUUAAUUCCUCUCAAUCUGAAGGCAUGCUGGAAGAGGGACGUGUUGUUACUGUUCGCGAUUUACUAAAGGGUUUGUAUGAAAAGGCCUGUCAACAGAAACUAUGGGGUCUCGUGCGUCAUACCGCCGGUAUGUUGGGUAAGCGUGUGGAGGACUUGGCUAAAGCCGUAACCGAUUUAUUGGUACGUCAGAAACAAGUGACUGUGGGCAUGCCGCCGAAUAAUGAAUUUACCAUAACGGCACCUUUGCCGGAAGCCGAUUUGAGGCAGUUGAUACAUGAUGCUUAUGGAGAUGAUGAAAGUACAGCCAUGUUAACACAAGAGCUAAUGGUUUAUUUGGCCAUGUUUAUACGCACCGAACCACAAUUGUUCCAUGAAAUGUUGCGUCUUAGAGUUGGUCUCAUUAUACAAGUUAUGGCCAAAGAAUUGUCGCGUACUUUGAAUUGUGAUGGUGAAGCGGCCUCGGAACAUUUAUUGAAUUUGUCACCAUUCGAAAUGAAAAAUCUCUUAUAUCAUAUCUUAAGUGGCAAGGAAUUUGCCGUAAGCAGUGUGGCUCGAGGCAAUCUAUCGAUUGUUAGUUGUAAAUCGAGUCGUGUUAGCAAGAAAAGUCAAAUUGGUUUGGGUGAUCCAGAGGGUGAAGAUGCCCUAAUAGCCAGUAUUGAUGACAGACAGGGACAAUGGUUACGUAGACGUCGUCUAGAUGGUGCCCUCAAUCGUGUACCGCGCGAUUUCUAUUCACGUGUCUGGUCGGUUUUGGAGAAAUGUCAAGGUUUGGCCAUAGAGGGUCGUAUUUUACAACAGAGUUUAACCCAAGAAAUGACUCCGGGUGAGUUGAAGUUUGCUUUGGAAGUGGAGACAGCCUUAAAUCAAAUACCCCAACCGGAAUAUCGUCAAUUGGUGGUGGAGGCUUUAAUGGUUUUAACCCUGGUAACCGAACACAAUAUGGUACCCAAUUUGGGUGGUAUUAUAUAUGUCGAACAUUUGGUGCACAAAGCCAAUCAAUUGUUUUUGGAAGACCAACGCAAGGUCCAGGGCGACGCUACACUCUGUUGUGCCAAAUCUAAAGAUGGUAAGGAACAGCAUCAGGCUGCUUCGGGUAUGCUGUUGUGUGGUGGUGCUGCCUAUAUUUGUCAACAUUUAUAUGACAGUGCUCCCAGUGGCAGUUAUGGCACCAUGACCUAUAUGGCUCGUGCCGUGGCUUUGGUCUUGGAUUGUCUUCCUAAGCAUGGUGAAAUGGAAUGCGCUAUAUCUUAAUCAAGUUUUUUUUCGAAAGUGAAAAGUGUUAUGCUUUAAUUUUGCUGAAUUUUAAGUUUUACCCAUUACAACACACACACACAUUACAGAAAAGUGUUUUUUUAGUUGUUAAAAUAUAUUUAUUAGUUUUAUUUUGUUUUUAUAACAAUGUGUUAAGAAAUUUUACUCGAAAUUUUUGUUGAAUUUUAUGAAUUUAUUUUAUAAUUAAGCUGAAUAAUUUAAAAAUAACACCUACAUACAUAUUUUAUUUACACCAUUCUAUUUGUUUUGCUUAGAACAAAAUAAUUAAAUGCUAGAAAAUUAAAACAAAAA